AUGACUACAUCAGAUUUAACUAUUGAUGGUUUAGCGAAAGAUGGAAAUUCGGCGAAGGUUAUUUAUUCUGAACCACCUGCUUAUACAGUUCAAUUUACAGAACCAACCAAUUAUUCAAAUACUCAUACUCAAAUUCAUCAACCUCAAUCAACGUAUAAUAUUAAUUCUCUACCACCCACUAUCAACCUCAAUGGAAAUAGAAUUCAAUCAACAAUUCAAACUAGUAGUUAUAAAGCUUGGUCUAUUCUAAAUAUUAUUUUCUGCAAUAUAUGUUUUGGUUGCCUUGCUUUGCAUUAUUCGAACAAGACAAAAGAUCUAAAAAGAAAUGGUCUUGUGCAAGAUGCAUUAAACACGUCAAAGGUAGCUCGUAAUAUCAAUUUAGUUAAUACACUGAUGGGUAUAUUCGCAUUGGUUUUCUUCUUCUUUAUCAAAUUUCUCAUUGAAAUGAAUUCUGAAACAGUUAAAUGA